AGAUGUAAAAACGCUCUAUGUAAGACGGUUCACCAUUGACGGCAUUGACAGAUCACUCGACGCGAGAAUAUCAUCAUAUGUUCUUUUCUACUGCAAGUGAUAGUUAUCUCGAAUAUUUUCAGAUAUUCCAUUAGAACAUUAUAACCAUACACCUUGUUGCAUACGAAUAAAAAAAGCAUUCGCGAUUGUUGUGGAUUGUGCUUCGUCAAAAACGUUAUUUACAAACGGUGAAAAUGAGCUCGGGUUUUAUAUCUGAAGCCGAGAUUGCCGAGCAACGGCGGAUGCGACAAGAGGAAUGGGAACGUGUACGAACUGCCGAUCAGCCUUUAGAAGCUCCAGAUGAAUCUUACGAUCCUAGAUCCUUAUAUGAGAGAUUACAAGAACAGAAAAAUAAAAGAGACAUAGAAUAUGAAGAAGCUCAUAAGUUAAAAAAUAUGAUCAAAGGGUUAGAUGAUGAUGAAGUAGAGUUUUUGGAUUUGGUUGAUAGAACCAAGAUGGAAGAAGAACGUAAAAAAAAUCUUGAAGAAGAGAAAGAAAUGCGUGAUUUUAAAGCUGCUGUUGCUUCUCUUCAAGAACAGAAAUUAAAUGAAAAGUUAAAACAAGAAUUAAAGAAUCCAACUAUCAAUAAAAAUGCUGCCGGUGGAAGUCGCACUUUGCAGUUAAAGUUACCUGCAGGCGUUAUAUUAAAACGAUCUGACAAACAGAAACAAGGAGAAAAUAAAGGAAUAAAAAGAAAAUUGUCACCAUCCAAGGAAGAUAUUGAUACUAGCAAAAAGGAAGAAUCACAUGCAUCUUGUGAGCCAGUAGCGGAUACCUCUCUUUCUAGUCCCGAAUCGGAUAAACGAAACGAUAAGAACAUACCAAGUGAAGUGAACACAAGUAACGAAUAUAGUGGACUCAAAUGUAUUGGCAUAUUACCUGGUCUUGGAACAUAUGAUAAUUCUAGCGACAGUGAUGGUAGUUCUGAUACAGAUCAAGAAACGGAACCAAAUCCUACCGUAUACGAUAUAUUAGGCCGAAAAAUAAGAUUAAGGAGUGAUAAGAGGAAAUUGGAAUCGGAAUGAGACAUAUGUAAAUACAUACGUAUAUAUGCAUGUUUGUACGAAUGUAUGUAUGUAUGUAUGACAAAAUACAUUUGUGAAUAUAUAGAAGGAACGAUGAUAAUUAUUAUCGUUAAUAUUGUACCGCAAUCGAUUAUGUUUACAUAUUUGAAUAUACUUUUUACUAUAUAUAUUUAACCAAAACUUACGCUCAAUUUCUAGCUAUUUAUUUUUUAACAGAGUUUUAGAACUUGCCUGUUAUAAAUUUAUCGAUCAUCAGUUGUAUAAUUAAUGUGUGCUGAUUUCAUCGAUUAUAUUUAUCAUAAUUUCAAAUUUCGUAUUGUACAUAUGAUUUAAUUGUGGCGCAAUAGAAAAAUUGGUGUAAAAUGUAUUGGAAUAUUCGAUUUGCCAGUCAAAUAAAUAAUUAGGUAUAAAUAAGCA